UAAAACAUCACUUAUGCAGGAAAAUAUCCGAACGCUCCAAGCAAAAUUCUUCAUCCAAACUUUUCGAAAGUUAUCAAACAUUGGAUUUGGAGUCGUCUUUCUUAUCUAAAUUAGUCUCACUGGUUGCUAUAAGCGGUAGCUCGUAUCUAAAUUAUGAAAUCGAAAUAAUCAUAAAUUAAACCGUAUUUUAAAAUGUAUAUUAAGAGCACAGUGACUAAAGUGUUCGUAUCAUGUUGCUCUAGUGCCUUUUUGAUGGAAAUUUUGAUGACGAAAGCACCGGAAUGUGCUACUUUAAUAACGUUUUUACAGGCUUUCUUUAUAUCUUUACAAGGUUUUAUAUUCACCACGAAAUUCGGCACGGUGAAACCCUCAAUACCUAUUAAGCAAUACAUAAUUCUGGUAGUGUUGUUUUUUAUUACUAAUGUAGCUAAUAACUAUGUGUACUCACUGCAUGUACCAUCAACCCUGCACAUGAUCAUUAGAUCAGCGUCUUCACCCGUGAGCAUGCUAGUAUCCUGGUACAUGUUGAAUCGCAUCCCAAAGCCGACUAGAGCUGUGGGCUCCGUCCUCAUCAGUGCAGGGGUGGCACUGGCGUUGUAUGGCGGCGCCACAAUUGAGCAGGAGAGAGGCACUUUCGUGUAUUGGUGCAUUGGUGUGGUGAUAUUGCUGGCUACGCUGGUGACAGGAGCGUUUACUGGCCUGCAGCAGGAAAUGUUGUAUGCCACGCAUGGAAAGCACCCUGAGGAGAUGCUGUUCUACACUCACGCAUUACCGCUCGUAAUGUUUUUAUUCAUCACCCCACACCUAUACAAUACAGCAUUUACCCUAGACCUAGAAACCUGGCUUAUAAUAGCCCUAAAUAUAAUAUCUCAAUUUUUCUGCACUCAAUCCGUCCACCAGCUAGCCACGAAAGAGUCUUCAGUCACAGUGACUUUUAUAUUAACGUUAAGAAAAUUCGUAUCACUAUUACUGUCUUCGUUAGUUUUUAAGAAUAAUGUGACAAUUUUACAUGUUGCGGGUACAGUGUUGGUUGCUGUCGGUACGUAUGUGUAUUUCGACUUUUUUGUGUGGAAACAGAGACCUGUUAAAUAUAAGGAAUAGUUAAUAUGUAAAUUGAAAUAAAUGUCACAUACAUAAAGUGACCAAGUCCUCAAGUGGCCGAGGCCGUAUUCGAACUGACCUCUAGGCCCGUCACGAAUAUAUGCAAUAUUUGGCCUGGGCGCCAUAGGGUUGUUUCCAUCUACAAAUCUUAGGGCAGAAUUGUAUUCCAAUAAAUUCUUUUGGAUUAUAAGAACAUGUUAAACUACUUUUAGGGGACCUGUAAUGACCAUAUUUUUGUAAAUAUUGAAUUUAAAAUAUUUUUUGGCACACGUCACGUGACCAAACUUGAAACCUCAUUGAAGAUUCUGAUGUCGUCACAACUCUCGGAUUGACACUGUUGACAAUUAGGCGAUAAACAACAAAUGUCAGUUGACAGUUUGUAUCUUGUACGUAUGUAUAUAGUUGUGUCAAACCGUAAACUGUGACGUCACACGAUUUUCAAAGAGCGUUUUGGGCGCGAAAGCAUCUGUCAGAAUAUAUAUUGUUAAGUUAACAUAUUUAAAGCCGUUUUUAGUAUAAAAGUUGAAUUUUGGGGCAACUUUUAUGUAGAACGUAAUACAAGCGUUUCAAAAAAUUGGAAACAACCCUAUUGGUCCAUUUUAAAGGGGUCCACUGAUUACCAGUUCGCUGGACGAUAUCGGCCUGUCAGUUAUUCGCAAA